AUGUCAAAACCACGGGUGUGUCUCGCACCGUUUAAACGAAUAGCAUCACAAAGAACCAACCUAGAUUACCUACGAUAUCUUUCGAAACUAGAAACACGGAGAUUUUAUAAUCAAACCAAUGUUAUUCAUAAAUCCUAUGCACAAUUGAUUCUAGGUAAAACUUUACCAAAAUUACAAAAUCUUCGUUAUGAUUGGAAAAAAGACAUUCCUUCCAACUAUUCUUUUGUUUCCCCCGAACAGAUUCAGCAUUUACACGUUUUAGAAGACUUUAGAGAGAGAACACGAGAGAUUGAAAAAUUAUUAAACGAUAAGAAGUUAAUCGAUAUUGAAGAAUUAUAUGAUCUUUUAACCAUUGAUGAGGUGGAGAAAUUGACUUUACCUUUAGGAGAAUCUUUACAACCAGAGGAGUUCAUGGAAAAGUUGACGGCUUAUUAUAAAAUAGUCACUAAUUAUGAAAUAUUCAUGUUGAAUAACAUUCGAUUCCAAGAAUUAUAUAUCCGAUACGCUUACCAUGUCAAUGAUUUGUCAACAACUUCAAGAUUAUUGGAGAAAUACUUGAAAAAUCCACCCCAAGAGAUAAAUGAUAAUACUAUUAAGUACUUAAUAGGUAGUUUCACCUAUAAUUAUGAACUUGAAAAGGCAAAAAAGAUAUUCUUUGACAUCACCAACUUGAAGAGAGAUUUAGGAACCGAUGUUUUAGAAUUUACCAUUUUGAAAUUUAUCAAAUCAGAUGCUUUAUUUGAACUUUUGAUUUAUAUCUUACAAACAUGGAUAUUCUCCCGAAAUGCUGUUCCAAAUGCUAAAAUCAUGUCCAUGGUAUUAUUUGAAUCAUACGUCUAUGGAACAUUGGAAGAGGUCAAAGCUAUGGAAACUCUUGUUUACAGAUAUCAAUUGAAUGAUCAUUAUUUGGUAUGGAAGUCGAGAUUGAAAUUUGAAAUCUUGAGUAGAAACAAACAUGCCAUUAGGAAGAGUUUGAUUGAUGAAGAUAUCAAAGAAAUUACCAAAAUAUCUGAAAAUUUGAAAGCUUUAGGAGAUGUGAAUGAUUUACAAGAUUUCUAUUAUUCCAUGUUAAGAUUUGUAUCGAAAUAUUGUAGAUUCCAGGAUAUAGAAGUGGUGAUUAAUCUUUUGAAGAAAUAUAACGUACCCAUAACAGAAGAUUUUUACUCGAGAUUUUCUUCUUAUUAUAUCACCAAUGGAAGUUUCAUUGAAUUGAUAGAUUUCAUCAACACUUGUUCUACCAAGAUCGAAUUCAAGAUUGUAUUUUUAAGAAUCAUUUUCAAAUCAUUCAUCAAAAGUUAUCCUCACCAUGCAUCAGAUUUCCAGAAAACCCUCGAAUUAUGGGUGGAAAAUAGCAAAUUCACCACCUUCCAGAAAAAAUUCAUCUUGAACAGUAUCAAAGUUAAGGAAAUGGAAUCUGAAUUAGUUCCUUUUGUUUAUGGAGAUAAUGGAAUCAACAUGAGAAAAUAUAAGUUAAGUAAUUGGAAAGAAAUCAGUCCUUAUAAAAAUGAUAAACUGACGAGAGAUCAACAUCAUUUCCGUAUUGAACAAGGGUUCCCUGAAAUGAUCGAAAGAGGGGUCAAACCUGACUUCUUCAAGAUUCUAGAAACUUUUAAAAAACUGAGUUUCGAAAAUAGAGAGAUUUUAAUAGAGCUAACUCACAAAAUUAGACUAGAAUCUAAAUUUCAAGAUAAGUUAAGUUUAGAAAAUUUGAAGUAUGCCACUGAACCUGAAUUAGCAGAGUUUCAAAAAUAUAGUUUGGCUGAUUUUAACUGUAUAAAUCAACUCCAGUUCGUUAAAAUAUUGAUCAAUAGAAAAUUAUUCCCUCAAGCAUUGGACAUUCUUAACGGUUUAGAGAAUGAAACUGAAGAAAUCACUGAUAACUUGAAAAUCUCCAUUUUCAUAAAUAAACUUCAAAUAUUCAAAUUACAACAAGAUUUUGAUAAAUUUGACCAAGAAAUUGAAAGUUUUAACUUCAAACAAACCAAGAUCAAUCCUUAUUUGAUCCGUCAAUGUAUCUCCCUUAAUCAAUCAUUAUAUAAGUUUGAACCCCCAGUUGAAAGUUUACAAAAGUUAUCAACUUUCAUCUCCCAGAUAACUUCGAUAAUGAAACAAGACGAUGCUUAUCUUGAUCAGAAAAUAUCCCAAUUGUUUGAUAUUUUGAACAAUUGGUUAAUGAAGUAA